AUGAAUUCAAUGGAAAACGUACUGAAGAUUAUGUACUCAAGUGUUAUACGACUCGAUAACAUUGCCUUUGAUUGCAUCCAAAGUGAUGGUCAUCUCAACGAAGACUUGAUAAGCUUUUGUCAAAAAACAUGGAUUGUUAGCAAUGAAAGUCUUAAUUAUCGACAACUAUUAUCACCGAAAUGUCAAAAGUCAUUUGAGACCAUUGCUGACACCACUUUGAAUCACUAUUACAAUAAUUAUGGACCAAAUCAGGUGAUAGCCAGAAGUGAGGCUUUCAAUUAUUUGCAGCAAAACGCCAAUCAUUUAUCACAAUUGUAUUCAAUACUAAAAGAGACACUCUUUGAGUAUCUGUUGAAUAAAUGUCUGAUAUUUGAAGACAUUUCUGACAAUUGUUGGCAACAAGUGUUUGGAUUAAGUAUUGUUAACAAAGUCUGGAAUCACAAGAAUCUUAUUAAAUGUGAUUUUAAAACAACUGUCGAUAAAACAGAAAAACUUUUGAAUUUUAAUCACAAAAAGUCAUUGAAAACAAUGGAUAAGUUUUUCAAGAGUUUCGCUCAUAAGGAUAGAGAAGACAGCGAAGAGGACAGCGAUUGUGUAAUAAUUGAUGUCAUAAAUGAGGUCAAUAUUAACAGUCAAUCGACAACAAGUGACAAAUCGGCGACUAAUUCAUCGAAGGGUAAGUCAAUAUUGGCUAAGAAGUGCCGAAUAGAUCGGAAACUAAUGCUUUAUUCGCGACAAACUUCGGGACAAUUUGUGGCAAACUUUAUAUUAAGCAAACCGUGUCUUCAAUCGUAUCAAUUGUUUGGACAUAUAUUCAACUCUUGUCAACACUUCAUCACCACAGAUGCGAAGAGACAAUUGUUUUCAAUAUUGAACUCAAUUAUAGUGAGACAUAAAAAAUGUCGAUUUGAUAAACUUCUCGACAAAUAUUGUCCUCAGGAUUCAUAUUUGAUCCGAAAUUAUGGAUAUGAGUUGAGAUAUGCAUUGGAUUCCUAUACGACUCACAAACAGAUCAUUCAAUUGAUUUAUUCAGUUCUUUAUUAUGUGAUUCCCAUUGAAUUGUUUGGCAAUAAAAACAAUUUUCGGAUUUUUUACGAAAAUUGCAAACUAUUAGUAAUAACGGGUUUAAAUACAAUGCUUUUUACAUCUGAUUUUAAAAGAGGUAUCAAAUUAACUGAUAUUAAAUGGUUUGAAGAGUUAAUCGAUAUUUCAAAUUCAAAUCAAAUAAUUGAUGAAUUGAUUCGAUGGAUAAUUGAAUAUUUGAUAACUAUUUUGAGGACAAAAUUUUAUAUCACCGAAACAGCCAACUAUAGGACUCAGCUAUUCUUUUAUCGAUUUGAUUUAUGGCAGAAAAUGAAGACCAAAGCUAUUGCAGAACUGAUUAAAAGCGGAUCUUUUGUCCAAAUAAGUGAUAAACAAUUAACUAAUUUUAUACCUAAAGACUCGUCAAAAGUAUUGAUUUUAUCUUCAAAUCGUUUUGUACCCAAAUUCAGUGAAUUUCGACAAAUCAAUAGACUUAAAACCAGCAACACUUCAGACACAAAACAUUUGAAAAGUUUGCUUUACUUGAAUCUAACAGUUCUCAAGAAGUUACGCCUAAAUCAAUUGAAAAAUUACACAAUCAAUGGUCAACACUAUCUUCAAGAAAGUAUUGUAAAACUUAAGAAUAUGAAGAAUUCGGGAGAUUUUAAUAAAUUAUAUUUUAUUAGAGCAGACAUCAAGAGCUGCUAUCCAUCUAUUAGUCAAAAUAAAAUGUUUGAUAUCAUCGAUAAAUUGUUUCAUACGAUUACUGUUAACAAUGAAAUUGUUGUCAAAGAGUUUGAUGUCAUAAUGAGAGCCAAAAACAAGUUAUUUGUUAAACACAUUCGAUAUAUUGAAUCAAAUGAUACGAAAUCACUAAAACAAGUCGCUGUCGAUAAUAAUAUUAAACUCAAAAAUUGUAUAAUUGUUGGCAAAUCAUAUGUAAAAUCAUAUAAAUGUAAUCAAUUGAAAGAUUAUUUGCGAACCUAUAUAUUCAAAGCUAUUAUCAAAACUAAUAAAAAAAUCUUUUAUCACAUGAAAUAUGGUAUAAGACAGGGAGGUAUGUUGUCCAGCGAAUUGUGUUCAAUAUAUGUCGAGUCGUUAGUUAAACAUUAUUUCAAUGAUUUUGGUGUCCACUCGUCGGAGAUCCGUCUCAUACAAGCCGACGACUUUCUGUUUAUAACACCGUUUCUAAUGAGAGCCAAAGCUAUCGUACAGAUUAUGUUAAACGGAUUUAAUGAAUAUAAUCUGAAAGUAAAUUUGUCUAAACUGAAGACGAAUUUCCACUUUGAUGGACAUGACAUCAGUUUAAGUAAUGAAUUGUCAUUUUUCGGUCAUAUCAUUGAUAUUAACACAUUGUGUGUCUCAUCGGACUUUAGUAUAUACAGCGAACAGAAUAUUCUCAAUUCAUUCAAUUGUAAUCCAAACUCAUCGCUAAAGAGCAUCAAUUCAACACUUUUAAGACAACUAUCGAUGAACCUAUCAAUCAGUGUAUUGAACAGUAAUGUCAAUGACCAGAGAGUUGUCGCUAAAAAUAUUUACGAAAGAGUUCUCUUGCAAUCCAUACGAUUGUCAGCUUAUAUAAGAGUUUCACCGAAAUGGAGAUCUCAGCAAAACAUGAAAGUUAUCAUUAAAUUCACACAAAACAUAUCCAAACGAAUCUAUUUAUUGGCAAAGAAGUGGAAUGACUUGAAAUUAAUUGAUUUUCAUAUGACUUAUAAAGAGAUUGAAUUGAUUGCCACAAAUGCUAUGAUAAGUCAGUGGACUUUUGGCAAAAUAGCGCACAGAAUUCAAGAGAGAAACGCUUUAAAAAAAUUUUAUACCAAAAUAUGGAUUAUUAAAACCAUUUAA